GUACCAUUCGCAGGGGUGUGGUCACAACUGCCUCUCCUGAAGGGACACUGUAUAUUAUGUUUUUUCAUAGGAUGCCUGAACAGUGAUAAGUCUUGAUGAAAGGCAGGAGUGGCUCUCAGUGUUGUUCUUAGCUGGACAGGAGUCUCCUUGUACAGGCCUGCUUGAACCCAACUUAGUAUUUCAUUUCUAGAACUUUUGGGGAAGAGAAGGACGCAGGAGUAUCAGUGAAGUGUACCUGCAGAGCUCUCAGAGCCACGUUAGGACUCCAGACCUGCCUUCACUUCAAUCCUGCCACUCCUAUGAGUGAAAUUGCUAAGCGGGUAGGCCAGGAAUAUGGUUUUAAGGCGAAUGAAGCAUGUUUUUUCUUGCUGCUUCCUAUGAUUUGAAAUGAUGGAUUCUCUUCUGGAAAAGGCAGAGAAAAACUCUUUGGGAUUACCUGAGAUGAGAAUUCUCCAGCCAACUUCUGGGAUUCUAAAAACAGGGGUGUGACGGGAACACAAAAAGGGCAAAUUGUAUGGAGAAUUGAGCCUGGACCCUAUUUCAUGGAACCGGAGAUAAAAAUCUGUUUCAAAUACUACCACGGCAUUAGCGGAGCCCUGCGAGCUGCGACGCCCUGCGUCACUGUGAAGAACCCUGCUGUGACGAUGGGGGCAGAAGGCAUGGAAGGAGGUGCUUCCGGAAAUCAGCAUUCUCGGAAACUCGUUAGCUUUACUUUGUCAGAUCUUAGAGCAGUUGGGCUUAAGAAAGGGAUGUUCUUCAAUCCUGACCCUUAUCUUAAGAUGUCCAUUCAGCCAGGGAAGAAGAGCAGUUUCCCCACCUGUGCUCACCAUGGGCAGGAGAGACGGUCCACUAUCAUCAGUAACACCACUAAUCCAAUUUGGCACCGAGAGAAAUAUUCCUUUUUUGCACUUCUUACUGAUGUCUUAGAAAUUGAAAUUAAAGACAAAUUUGCCAAGAGCCGUCCCAUCAUCAAGCGUUUUCUGGGGAAACUAACCAUUCCAGUCCAGAGGUUGCUGGAGCGGCAAGCCAUCGGUGACCAAAUGCUCAGCUACAACCUCGGCAGAAGGCUCCCAGCUGACCAUGUGAGUGGGUACCUUCAGUUUAGAGUGGAGGUUACGUCUUCUGUGCAUGAAGAUGCUUCUCCAGAAGCUGUUGGCACAAUACUUGGAGUCAAUACUGUGAAUGGAGAUCUAGGAAGCCCUUCUGAUGAGGAGGACAUGCCAGGGGGCCAUCAUGACAGCCCCAUUUGUUCUAACGGACCAGUCUCUGAGGAAAGUGCUGCCGAUGGGAUGCCCAAGCACUCUUUUAGGACUAGCUCUACUCUGGAAAUAGACACAGAGGAAUUAACCUCUACUUCUUCAAGGACCUCCCCUCCCCGAGGACGUCAGGAUUCACUCAAUGAUUAUUUAGACGCUCUUGAACACAAUGGCCAUUCCAGGCCUGGAGCAGCUACCUGCUCAGAGAGGUCCGUGGGAGCCUCUCCAAAACUAAGGAGUAGUUUUCCCACCGACACGAGACUCAAUGCAAUGCUUCACAUCGACUCAGAUGAAGAAGACCACGAGUUCCAGCAAGAUCUGGGUUAUCCAUCUUCCUUGGAGGAGGAAGGAGGGUUAAUAAUGUUUAGCAGGGCAUCAAGAACUGAUGACAUGAGCCUGACAUCUCAGUCGAAGCCAGAGGACAGUCUGAUGGAGACUGAGGAAGCCUUCACAAAGGAAGCAGCUGCCUUUGAGGAUAAGCCAGAAAAUCUUCCAGAGCUUGCAGAGAGCUCCUCCCUCUCAGGCCCAGUCCCAGAUGAAAGUGAAAAUGGCCCAGAAUCUCAACCAGGUGCUGACCGGGGCAGCAGCGAAUUGUGUGGCUCUCAAGAGGUAGAUCAGCCCACGAGUGGGGCGGACACCGGGACCUCCGACACGUCGGGAGGAAGCCGAAGAGCCGUCAGCGAGACCGAGUCCCUUGAUCAGGGGUCUGAGCCUUCCCAGGUGUCCUCUGAAACGGAGCCCAGCGACCCUGCCAGGACAGAGAGCGUGAGCGAGGCCAGCACUAGGCCGGAGGGAGAGAGUGACCUGGAAGGCGCCGACAGCUCCUGCAAUGAAAGCGUUACCACGCAGCUGUCCUCGGUGGACACACGGUGCUCGUCCCUUGAGAGUGCACGGUUUCCUGAAACCCCUGCCUUUUCUUCCCAGGAGGAGGAAGAUGGAGCCUGUGCAGCAGAGCCCACCAGCAGUGGCCCCUCUCAAGGGGCCCAGGGUUCCAUAUGCACUCCUAGUUCUUUACCUGUGGUGCAAGUGCACAGUGGAGAGGAGAGGCUGGGGGCCGAACCCGCCACUCUCCCUACCCAGGAGUCGGCAGCAGAGGUCUGGCAGCGGAGGGGGAGCCUGGAGGGGGCCGCUGCCGCUGCUGAGAGCCAGCCCCCAGAAGAGGGCGACACUGGGGAUGCCCAGGGGGCUUGUGAGGGGGCCGCUGCCCAGGAGGAAGGUGCUGCUGGAGGUUCUCAAGCCAACGGCCACCAGCCACUGCGAUCACUGCCUUCAGUACGCCAGGAUGUGAGCCGGUACCAGAGGGUGGACGAGGCUCUCCCACCAAACUGGGAGGCGCGCAUUGACAGCCACGGCAGAAUCUUCUAUGUGGAUCAUGUAAAUAGAACCACGACUUGGCAGCGGCCAACAGCGCCCCCCGCCCCACAGGUGCUGCAGAGGUCAAACUCCAUACAGCAAAUGGAGCAGCUGAACCGGCGGUAUCAGAGUAUCCGCAGAACCAUGACUAAUGAGAGGCCUGAGGAAAAUGCCAAUGCUCUCGAUGGGGCAGGGGAGGAGGCUGACUUUCACCAAGCCAGUGCAGAUUUCCGACGGGAGAACGUCCUGCCCCACUCUACCUCCAGAUCCAGGCUCACGCUGCUGUUACAGUCUCCCCCUGUGAAGUUCCUCAUCAGCCCAGAGUUCUUCACCGUGCUGCAUUCUAACCCUAGUGCCUACCGCAUGUUUACAAACAACACGUGUUUGAAGCACAUGAUCACCAAAGUCCGGCGGGACACCCACCACUUUGAACGCUACCAGCAUAACCGGGACCUUGUGGGAUUUCUCAACAUGUUUGCAAACAAACAGCUGGAGCUGCCGCGGGGCUGGGAAAUGAAACACGAUCAUCAGGGCAAGGCCUUUUUUGUCGACCACAACUCCCGUACCACCACUUUCAUCGAUCCCCGGCUCCCGCUGCAGAGCAGCCGACCCACAAGCGCGCUGGUUCAUCGGCAACACCUGACGAGGCAGCGCAGCCACAGUGCAGGCGAGGUAGGAGAAGAUUCUCGACAUGCAGGACCACCAGUUCUCCCCAGGCCUUCCAGCACAUUCAAUACAGUCAGUCGGCCACAGUACCAGGACACAGUUCCAGUGGCUUACAAUGACAAGAUUGUUGCAUUUCUGCGCCAACCCAACAUCUUUGAAAUUCUGCAGGAGCGUCAACCUGACCUUACCAGGAACCACUCACUCAGGGAGAAGAUCCAAUUUAUCCGAACUGAAGGGACCCCAGGAUUGGUGCGUCUUUCAAGUGAUGCAGACCUUGUUAUGUUGCUGAGUUUAUUUGAAGAAGAGAUAAUGUCUUAUGUGCCUCCACAUGCCUUACUCCACCCCAGCUACUGUCAGUCUCCCCGUGGCUCUCCCGUGUCCUCUCCCCAGAACUCUCCAGGUACUCAGCGUGCCAAUGCCCGGGCUCCAGCUCCUUACAAGCGAGAUUUUGAGGCCAAACUAAGGAACUUUUACAGGAAGUUAGAGACUAAAGGAUAUGGACAAGGCCCAGGGAAAUUAAAGUUAAUUAUCAGAAGAGAUCACUUACUAGAAGAUGCUUUUAAUCAGAUUAUGGGCUACUCCAGAAAAGACCUGCAGAGAAAUAAGCUGUAUGUCACGUUCGUCGGGGAGGAAGGGCUGGAUUACAGUGGACCUUCCAGAGAGUUUUUCUUCCUGGUGUCCAGAGAACUCUUUAACCCAUAUUAUGGCUUAUUUGAAUAUUCAGCCAAUGAUACAUACACAGUACAAAUAAGUCCCAUGUCUGCUUUUGUUGACAAUCACCAUGAGUGGUUCCGGUUCAGCGGUAGGAUCCUCGGUCUUGCCCUAAUACACCAGUAUCUGUUGGAUGCCUUCUUCACACGGCCCUUUUAUAAGGCUCUUCUCAGAAUUCUGUGUGACCUGAGUGAUCUGGAGUACCUUGAUGAAGAGUUUCACCAGAGCCUGCAGUGGAUGAAAGACAAUGAUAUCCAUGACAUCCUGGACCUCACAUUCACUGUGAAUGAAGAAGUUUUUGGGCAGAUUACUGAACGAGAAUUAAAACCAGGGGGUGCCAAUAUCCCAGUCACAGAGAAGAACAAGAAGGAGUACAUCGAGAGGAUGGUGAAAUGGAGGAUUGAGAGGGGUGUUGUACAACAAACAGAGAGCUUAGUGCGUGGCUUCUACGAGGUGGUGGAUGCCAGGCUGGUAUCUGUUUUUGAUGCAAGAGAACUAGAGCUGGUCAUCGCAGGCACAGCUGAAAUAGACCUAAGUGAUUGGAGAAACAACACCGAAUAUAGAGGAGGAUAUCAUGACAAUCAUAUUGUAAUUCGGUGGUUCUGGGCUGCAGUGGAAAGAUUCAACAAUGAACAACGACUAAGGUUGUUGCAGCGAGCUGCCCGCUGCCCUUCCCCAGGAGCUGUGCAUGUGAUUGAUGCCCUGCCCGUCCCCACAGUGGUCUCUCGGCUUCACCUUCUCCCUCUGUUCUCUCGGGUUGGUAGUUCGUUACAGGCACUUCCAGCAUUCCCUAUGAAGGAUUUGCUUCGCUCCGAGGGAGUAAUGGCCCGAGAAGAUUCUGUGUGGAGAAGUGGGGGAAAAUCACUGCUCUUCCCAGAGCUCACACUUGUUUUAACCGUCUGGAUCUCCCCCCAUACCCAUCCUUCUCCAUGCUUUAUGAAAAACUCUUGACAGCAGUUGAAGAGACCAGUACCUUUGGACUUGAAUGACCGGAAACUCAAUUCCCUGCUCUGUAUGGACAGGCACUGCUAGAAGCUGCCCUCUACAAGAAUGGCUUCACAUGGGAAGUUUCAAGAGUACACUUCCAUUAGAGUAAAGCCGAGUGCUGUUAUUUUCCAGGAACAUAUGCUCUGUUACAUUUGGGGACUGGAUAGUGGUGAUGAGUCCUCUUGGAAGGAUUUGGGUGAGCUUGAUGCCCAGGGAACAACCCAACAGUCUUUCAAUCAACAGUUCUUGACUGCCAAACUUUUUCCCAUUUGUUACGUUCCAAGACAAAGAUGAACCUGUACAUGAUCAGCUCUGCUGUAACUUUUAGGGACUCAGGAGAAUCUUGAAACUUAUCUUUGAACAUGGUUCAAGCCAAACUGGCAGCACUUGGCCCCAUCUCCAAAUUAGCUCAAGUUAAAUAAUAAACAUAAAAGCAAAUAUAUUUACUGAAAAUACAUUCAUUUAAGCCCUAAGUUAAAACAGAAUAUUCAUUUUCUUGCUUAUGAGUGCCUGCAUGGUGUGCACCAUAGGUCUCAGCUUUCAUGGGACACUAAUGAAAAUGAAACCAAGUCAAUAUGAGGUAACUUAGAGAUUUGCAAUAAGGUGGUCUGUGACAAUGUAUAUGCAAAACAGUAUGUGUGUAGUUAUGGCUGAAGACAAACUGUCACACAAUGAUUGCUAAUGACAGAUUUUAUGCUUUAUAAUGCAUGAAAACAAUUUUGAAAUAACUAGCAAUUAAUCACAGCAUAUCAGGAAAAAAUACACAGUUAUGUUUAUUUUUCAUAAGUUCAUUAUAUUUAUGUUCUUUAAGAUGUAUAUAAGAACCUACCUAUCAUGCCAUAUGUAUCACCUGUCCCAUUUUCAUAUUCCAUGCUUAUUCGGGCAUCAUGCUAGUGUGUAUCCUUUUAAGCACUCUCAAGGGAACAAAAGGACCUUUUAUUUUUAUAAAGGUACAAAAAAUUCCCCAAAAUAUUUUGCACUGAAUGUACAAAAGUUGAAGGGACAUUAUGAUAUGACUUACAGCAACUCCAUCACUUGACAAGUAUAAUAGAAAAUAGAUUCUGAAUCAAACUUCCUUCACAGUGCCAUGUCUACCACUACAAGGACUGUGCAUCUCAGUAAUAAUUUUGUAAGACUCACUAUGUGUGAUAGUAUGAUAUGCAUUUAUUUAAAAUGCAUUAGACUCUCUUCCAUCCAUCAAAUACUUUACAGGAUGGCAUUUAAUACAGAUAUUUCGUAUUUCCCCAACUGCUUUUUAUUUGUACAGCAUCAUUAAACACUAAGCUCAGUUAGGGAGCCAUCAGCAACACCCAAGAGAUCAUCUCUCUUUAGUAAUAAGAAUUCCGUUUUCCCUCAUCAGUGGAGACACACGAAUCAAAACUCUCAGUACUAUAUUUCUAAGCCUGCAUUUUCACUGAUGCAUAAUUUUCUUAUCAAUAUUAAGAAAAAAUUUUUCUAUGGUAUCAGAAACUGCAUGACAUCACUAAUGUUAUUUCUGCUUAGUUUUAUCAGAGGGUGUCCUUCGUUUUUAUUGCUUUAGGGGUUACUCUACAUCAUCGUUUGCUUCUUGACUGGUGGCCAUAACUAAUCAGACAUUCAAUAAAGUGAAGUUAAAUUGUGGGUAAUAAAAACAUUGGAUUAACAUUUGGUUUGCCAGCCUAUAGCUUUACAGGAAUUGCCUGAAUACUUCUUUGAGAAUUACACUCAUAAGCAGUCCUGGAAUUCCUAUUAUGGAUGUUGGCAAGCUUACACUUUAUAGAGGUCAUAUGUAUGGUUGUCGUUAGAUGUAAGAACUGAUUGCUCUCCUAUUGGUUUAGCUAUGCUUGCUGUUGGUACCUUCAAGAGGAAUACCACUCACAAUGCAUUCCUGCCCUUAAGGCAGGUACUACAGUGUGAGGAAAUGGUCCCUCCACCCAAAAAAGGUUACCAAAAUCUGGAAAAAAGAAAGGUAGAUUUAUCUGUGUACUUUUAAUUGGACCAGAAAAAAAGAGAAGAGUAAGAAAUUAACUGGAAAUGUUAGUUUGUAUUCACUAAUGAAUAUAAGCAUAUAUUUAAUUCCGCAAACUAUUUGUACUUGUUUGUAUUUUUUUCAUUAAAAGAAAAAAAAGUAAAAUCCUUUUUUUAAAAACCACCUUUUUGAUGGUAUAUAAGAUGUUUUAGAGCUGGCAUUCCCCAAGAAGCUGAUAGAGAAGGUUGCAUCUCUUUCAAAAAUACUUUUACAGACCAUGUUAACUUUCAUUUUGGUUUGUGAUCCUUUGUUACCAUAUUCCACAUUAUUAGGUAAAAGGGUUUGAAAUAAAAUGUAUCUCUUUAGUUGUUUCUUUUUCUCAAAUAACAGUAUACUCAUCUCUAAAUUGGGAAUUACUGAAGAUGUACUUAGCAUAUCCCAAUACUAUGAUAACUGAUCUGUUGUUCUUCAUUAGCAAAACAAAAAGUCUAAUAGUUAUUAUUGCAAUACAUAAUACAUAAAUAUGUAUUGCAUGACAUUUAAUUAAACUCUACAAAUAGAAAUAUGCAUAACUAUUUUCUUAUGGACUGUGAACCCAGAUGGCUUGGGUAUAUGGUCUUGUUUUCUUUAAAGAAUUCGUAAGUGAUGCUUAUGCUAUACUGUCUUACACUAUAACGUACAUCAUACAUCAUAAAAUACAUUGGCAUACAUCACACACAUAUACAGAAUGUCUCUUAGAUAAGAAGAGGCACACUGUUGGCAUUCGCUCUGUGCCAGCCACCAUGUUUGAUGAUGGACUUACAAUACCCAAAAUCUGCCCUUAAGAAGCUCACAGUAUAGUGGAGUAGACAACAACGUUUAAGAAAGUAUUUUAUUUUUAAUAAAGUGUGGUAUUCUCUACAGUCAAUACUAGCUUGUUCCAUCCAGGAAAUCCAAUGAAGUUUUCAUAUGUGGGAGAUACUGUAGCUUAAAAAAAAAUCACAUAAACACUCUUUCUGCUGGUUCUAAUGACAUGUAAUAUUGGUUAAGUGUUGAAGUCCAGGGUGCAGUUACACACCAGGGUUUGAAGUGUGCAGGUGUGGAGCUGAACUGUGAAGGAGCAAUUCAAGGAUCUUCAAAUUAUCAAGGAAAUGACAAAAUUAAGUCUGGUAGUUUUCCCUCAGUUCUCUCAUCUGCACUAAUAAGAACCUUUGGUUUUCAGCGUGAAAGAUCCCAGUCCUCGAGCCCAACCCACUUCAGGGAUCAAAACGUUUUUCUUGUGCACAAAAUAAAUGGAUGUUGGUCAAAGUGCAGUCACAAUUUCUAGCAUAUGUUGUGUUUAUAAUUUAGUAUAAAUUAUGUAAUAAGUGAAGGGAAAUCAGUUUCACCUGCAAAACAACCAAAAAUGGUAAAACUGCAUUCAGACAAUUAAUGGUAAUGGUACAAUAUGUUUGUACAGUGCUUUAGUUUCAAAGUGCUGUCAGGUGCAUCAUCUCUUUUGAUCCUCAUAUACUUCAUGGAAUAGAAGUUAUCAAGUUCCAUCUGGAUUGAGGCUGAUUUUCCUGGAUGGCUUGUGAGAUCACUUUCAGUUCUUUAUAGUUAAAAUUCUAGGUUUCAUCUCAAGCAAUGUGGAGACUGUUUUCACCAGCAUAUUCCACUUUCUGUGAUUUUGCAACAUGCUCCACCUACCCAAACCCUUACUUUCUCAAACAUUUUUAAAAUGUGAUACUUUUUGAAAAGUCAUUAAAGAAAUUAGUGUAUUCAUGGAAAAAUUUCCCAUAGAUUUAAUAUAUGCAUUUUACUACUUGUUAUGAGAAAUUAAAAACAAUGCAUAAUUUGGUUGCUUUUGGUGGAUUUAUAUAGUAUAGUAGUUUAGGCUC